UCCCAGAGGAACCAGAUCAGCCUUCAGACGUCCUCCAGGUCAGAGCAGAACUGCUUUCACUCCAGUCAUGGCGCCGUCUGGCCCGGUUCUGCUGCUGCUGCUGCUGUCUUCAUUCCUGACCUGCAGCCUGAGCGUCCCGCCGCACCUCGACCUGCCGGAAAAGAUAAAAGAUCAGGGGAUAACCUUCGUAAACGACAUCGGUAAAAUUCUAAACACACUGGAGCCUUUAAUUGCACUCAUACCUGAGGCUGGACCGUAUUUAAGCGUUUUCAUUAAAAUACUGACAAAUGAAGCACAACAAGGAGAAAAAAUAAUCCGUAAACUUGAAGAUGAGUUCAAAACUCUAAACCAGAAGCUCGAUAAACAACUAACAACUAUGACCUGGAACACCUGGGCAAGCGGUCCGUACCAGGAAGCCGAGACUAACAUCAGGUUAGCUUGGAAACAGAUGAAUGAGUUGUUAGAUGUGUGUGAAAAACCCUGCUUUGCCCCAAAGGAGAAAGAGAAAAAUGUGGCUCUGUUCAAAACACUCCAUCAAAGCCUGGUGUUCUCCCCUGAUAAGCUGCACAUGUUGCUGACAACAAAACAACCUUCUUUUAUUAUCAACUUUAGGACUCUCCUUACAGACCAUGUCAGAUGUCAUGAAGAGAGCAUUGUAGGCUUCACAGAACUGAUUUCAGAACUUAUGAUCAGGAGCAACACCAUCAAUCUCUUCUACUAUAAACUGCAUGGGAUCAACAAAGCAGAGGAAAUGAGUCGGAUGACGUUUGAAAUGUUCUCAGUCAUGUCUGAAAUCCACAGGUUCUGCAUUGAAAACCCUGAAAAGUACAUUGAAAAGGAUGUAGUUGACAUGAUUGAUGAAAACCAGAACCGCCAACAGUUGGCUAUGGACAUCAAGGGGUUUUUGGACAAAACAUAUAGCAGGUAUGACUGGAUCGUUGUUGCCUUCAUCACCAGGCACUCAAAAUAUUCAGUCUUUUAUACUAAGUUCCUGAAUAAGCAUUAUUUGGACAGAUUUACUGAGGUGAGCAAAGGGGAGGUCACUGUUGCUGUAGCCAAGCAGACUAAGGGGGAGUACACGAUGGCAGAAAUGGUCAAAGGCAAAAUAAAAAAGUGCAUUGAUGUCAAUACUAAGUGCGAAAAAGUAAUAGAAACACUCAACUCAUGCCCAAAGAUUGAUGGAAGAACGCUAAGUGAAUUUUACUCAGCUGUUCAUGUGUAUGUCGGUAAAAGCCAUGACAGUGCUGACGAACCUAAGCAAGAUGAAGAAGUAGAACAAGACGAGUUUAAUGAUAUAGGAAAUCCUAAUGCCCUGCAGCCGUACAUUUACACAGGAGAGUGCAAGAAAUACAAGAUUUUCAAAGGUGGACACUUUAGAGUUAUGAUCCGAAGCAAUGAAGAUCUGGAUAAGAAGGAUUUAUGUGAAAAUGUGAAAUGUGGUGGACCUGAAAAAGGUAAAUGUGUUCGUUUGAAAAAUAUCCCAAAGGUAGUGUGUGUGUGUAAUGAAGGUUACACAGGUUCUCAGUGUGAUAUUAGCCGCACAGAGUUCCAGGAGGUCAUCAAAGAAGCAACAAAACCCCUGGGUGUGUAAGAUCCACAUCCUCUGGUUUUUUAGUCUGGAUCUGACCUUUUAUCAACAGAGCUUUUUGUUUCCUGGCGUCAGACGUUUUCUGGCAAUGCAGUAGUGAUUCUGAAUAUUAUGGUAUGAAAACAUAAAAUUAUUGUUGAUGGUUAAUUUUGGGGGAAUUUUUUUAUUUCCUGUCUAUUGUGUGAAUUUGUUAAUUAACCAUAAAACUGAACCAUAAAGACCCAUAAUCUGUUUUGAUUAACAGUUCUAACUUCCUGUCAAAUGAUAAUUUUUUGCUUUUAACCAUUUUGAUGCUUCUCAUG